AUGGGCUACAAUGAGACAGAGCCGGCCAUCGAUGGUGACAAUAAUGAACAACGUAUUAACGAAGACAUGAGCACACUUGAACACACGUCGAAUAAUAACGGUAACGGCCUCGAACCGGUAGAGGCGGGGCCGGACAGUGGGAUACCGGCAGUCGAGGGAGGCGGCAGUGUCUCCGGACAGUCACCACAGCACGAGCCUCCUGCAUACGAGCUCUCCUACGUAGUGGGUGUCGCAGAAAACAAGAAUGCCAAAUUUAGAAGGACGAUGGAGGAUGUUCACACUUAUGUGGAAAAUUUCGCCUCUAGGCUAGACUGGGGGUACUUCGCCAUCUUUGAUGGACAUGCCGGAAACCAGGCAUCUAAGUGGUGUGGAUCACACCUGCAUACAAUCAUUGAAGAGCGAAUCCUGCAGGGAGACGAUCGGGAUGUCCGCGACAUACUUAACGACUCGUUUGUUUAUGUCGAUCAGCAAAUAAACAGCACCCUUGAGGGUAAUAGCGGCUGUACUGCGGCUGUGGGGAUUUUGCGGUGGGAAGCACCCACGCCGAUACCGAACAUGCCCAUAAAUUUGGAACAACACAAACGAAUGCUCUACACGGCGAAUGUAGGUGAUACACGGAUAAUAUUGUUCAGAAAUGGGCGCAGUGUCCGUCUGACUUACGACCAUAAAGCGUCUGAUAUAAUCGAAAUGCAGCGGGUUGAGAAGGCGGGCGGCCUGAUCAUGAAAAGUCGCGUGAAUGGUAUGCUGGCUGUAACCAGGUCACUGGGGGACAAGUUCUUUGACUCGCUGGUCGUUGGGAACCCCUUCACAACGAGCGUGGAGAUCACGACCAGCGAUCAGUUUUUAAUAAUAGCGUGUGAUGGCCUGUGGGAUGUGGUAGAUGACCAGGAGGCCUGUGAGAUGAUUAAGGACAUCGAAGAUGCAAAUGAAGCAGCUAAGACACUCGUGAGGCAUGCACUCGAGCAUGGAACCACAGACAAUGUUACGGUGAUGGUUGUGUUUUUCGAUAAUAACCAGUAA